CGUCAGUCAUCAAAACAGAUAAAAGUUAAAACUACAUACGAUGUUGAUCAGUGUACUUAAGGGAACACAUAUAUUGUUAUUAAAAAUGGAAUACUAAUCGUAAAAAUGUAAAGAGUGCCAGAAGUAUUAAAAUAAGUUUUUCCACAUAAGAAAUAAAUGACUUCAGUUUUGCUUUAUACAAGUUUUACUUUGCAAAUUCUUCUCCCCAGUCAACAACCUAAGGUAUAUAAAAAUGAAAACAAGUACUGCACAGUUCAAGACUAUUGUAGAUUUUAUGGAGAGGCAUGGAGACCUUAACAGGCCCUCCUAUGAUGGACUUCAGGGCAAACUUGAAAUAAUAAAAAAGUGGCAGAUGUUGGCAAAUUCUCUUAAUAGGGAACACGGUGGAGACAGAAGGUCACUUGAAAAAUGGAAGAAGGUUUGGAGUGACCUCAAAAAUAAUACCAAGAGAAAAAAAUUAAAAAUUCUAAAAACAUCUGGUUUGCCUGAACAUUUAAGGCCUAAGCUGGCUUUAAAUGAAUUGGAAAAAAGGGUGCUAAAUAUUGUGGGGCAAGGGACCCCUUCAAGAGUGGAUAAUGCAGAAGAAAUGGGGGUCGAGAUACAAUACACCGACAAUUUAAACCAAGAUGAAACUACUCCUGCACCAACAACAGUACAAUUUCUAUCAACAGAAUUAGAUCCCCAAAUGUUUCAUUUGGAGAGUAUGUCAGAAGAAAACAAUAGUCAACAUUUUACUUCCACGGAGGGAUCACAAGAAAAGAGUUCUGAUGCAUCUGUUGAGAGUCGUAGAAGACUGUCUUCCCCUCGUUCGCGGCACAUUAAUAACCACGGGUCCGUGUUUCGUCGUACACGUCGUUCGAGAGGCCCAUCUCGUCGUACAUUCGAAGUCAGCGACAGUCGUUGGCGCAAACUAUUCUCAGAACUUACAACUGAACACGUGCGACUGCGAAAGAGAGAACUCCGUCAGCAAGAACGGUGGCAAGACCUGUUUGAAAGAUGCGUCGAUUGUAUGGAAAAAUUUAUUAAUAAAUGACUUUAUAGAACUC